ACUGAGAGAGAAGGCAGAGUCCAGGCCGCACCAGAGGUGAGGGGGAUGGCCGACUCGUGCAGGAACCUCACCUACGUGCGGGACUCGGUAGGCCCGGCCACCAGCACCCUGAUGUUCGUGGCGGGCGUGGUGGGCAACGGGCUGGCACUGGGCAUCCUGGGGGCGCGGCGACGCUCACGCCCCUCGGCCUUCGCCGUGCUGGUCACCGGGCUGGCGGUCACUGAUCUGCUGGGCACUUGCUUCCUGAGCCCGGCCGUGUUCGUGGCCUACGCCCGCAACAGCUCGCUGCUGGGCCUGGCCCGGGGCCACCCCGCUUUGUGCGACGCCUUCGCCUUCGCCAUGACCUUCUUCGGCCUGGCCUCCAUGCUCAUCCUCUUCGCCAUGGCCGUGGAGCGCUGCCUGGCCCUCAGCCACCCCUACCUCUACGCUCAGCUGGACGGGCCGCGCUGCGCCCGCCUGGCCCUGCCCGCCAUCUACGCCUUCUGCACCCUCUUCUGCUCCCUGCCCCUGCUGGGCCUGGGCCAACACCAGCAGUAUUGUCCCGGCAGCUGGUGCUUCAUCCGCAUGCGCUCCGCGGAGCUGGGUGGCUGCGCCUUCUCGCUGGCCUACGCCAGCCUCGUGGCCCUGCUGGUGGCCGCCACCGUCCUGUGCAACAGCUCGGUCACCCUGAGCCUCUGCCGCAUGCACCGUCAGCAGAGGCGCCACCAGGGCUCGCUGGUCCCCGGCCCCCGGGCAGGGGAGGACGAGGUGGACCACCUCAUUCUGCUGGCCCUCAUGACAGGCAUCAUGGCCGUGUGCUCCCUGCCCCUCACGAUCCGAGGCUUCACGCAGGCCAUCGCCCCGGACAGCAGCGAGAUGGGGGACCUCCUUGCCUUCCGAUUCAACGCCUUCAACCCUAUCCUGGACCCCUGGGUCUUCAUCCUUUUCCGCAAGGCUGUCUUCCAGAGGCUCAGGCUCUGGUUCUGCUGCCUGGGCCCCAGGCCUACCCACCGCGACUCGCAGACACCCCUCUCCCGGCCUGCCUCCAGGAGGAAGGACUCGAGGGCUCCCGCUGCUCUCGGGGGGAAGGAGGGGAACUGGGUACCUUUGUCAGCCUGGGGCGAGGGGCAGGAGGCACCCGUGUCUCGGGAGCAGCGAGCUGGUAGCACCGUGGGAACGUCAUCCAAAAUGGGGUCCGCAGCCGCCUGCUCCCCCUGCUGACAUCUGCUGCCCAUGAUCUCCUGCCCGGUCUUCUGGGAGCAGAAGCCUGAGGCUCAGGGGCACAGCUGCCGGGUGGACGAGCAGAGAUGAGACCCCGGAGUCCUUGCCUGCCAGAAUCUUGAACCCCUGAAUGCGGGGUGGGGGGCGAUCAGCUGCUAUUUCCCUUUUUCUCCUCCUCCAGGGUGGCCCCGACAGGCUCUGGUAGAGAGGGAGGGAGACAAAGAACGUUUAUCCUGGAGCACAAAAAGAACACUUCUCUCAAAAUAACCAGGGGCCUGGCCGGCCCAGUCUGGCCCUCGCUUGCCCAUCCAUCUCGCUGUCUAAAUAUUUAGAAGGCAGAAAAGUUUCCCAGAAGCUUCUGUGCGCCCAGGUCAGCUCUGGUUCGGGUUCUGGCUCUGACCCUCAUCCAUUCAGGGUGCCUUGCUGCCCGGCCCAAGCCCCCCCCAGGGGACAACCCGGCCUUCUCCGAGGCCACUCCAAAAGCCAGCCCCUCUCUGCCUCCUGGGAGCCAGGGAUUCUUGGACCAGCUCCCGGCCUCCCCUCACUCCUGAUUUCCCAUCAGACUUGGAAGCCCCCGCCCCCCCAAGGGGGGAGGCCAGAGGAAGGAGAGACUGCUGCAUUGUAAGUAGCCUUGCUGGACAGUGCCUGGGAAUCCGCAUGGAUGGCUUGGUGGGCUGCAAGAUGUGGACCGUGGGGGCCCGUGGGGGCCCGGGUGUGUGUGUGGGGGGUGACCGGAGGACAAAGGCAUGGGAGUUACGGAUCCCAGGGACCCCUCCACCCCCCCGGGGGACACAGCCUGUCCCUGGAGGUGGAGCUGUGGCUCAUACACAAAGCCCGCCCUCACAUCCUGUGUCCUCCAAGCCCUCGCAACAAGUUCAUUCAUUCAUUCAACAGCGAGCGGGCCCUGACUUGGCAGGUGUUGGAGAUAACAGACCGGUCCCUGCCCCGCCCUGGACUCCGCUGGGGUGAUUUCCAGCCUUCGGGCUUUUCCUGCCCUCAAGGGAGACCCAAGAUCAAGGGUGCUCGGGACGGAGCUGACUGGCAGGAAAGGAAGUGGUGUUUAGGGUAACCCGG